UAACCCACUGCGCAGGCGUAAACCACGUACCCGAUCUCUCGCAGCAUCGCGCUGUUUUGGCCCUAUGUUAGCUGGUGCCUGAUCAGUGGUGUGUGUCAAGUCAUACAUACUGGGCUUGAUUGGGAAGGCAUAGCGGUGGAGAAGAAGGGGGACCCUAGACGCCCCGCGACGAAAUGGCCGGGCAACAGUUUCAGUACGAUGACAGCGGCAACACAUUUUUCUACUUCCUAACGUCCUUCGUUGGACUCAUCGUCAUCCCAGCCACAUAUUACCUCUGGCCCCGAGAUCAGAAUGCGGAACAGCUGCGUCUGAAGAGCCUGCGGAGUCAUGGACGGUGUCUGUGGUACCGUCUCCGCUUGAUGAAGUCACAGCAGAGCAUCAUACCCACCACUAAGCUGACCAAUGACGAGUCGAGACAGAACUGGGAGACCUACGGCAACCCAGAUGGUCCAAGAGCCCCUAAACCCCUCUCAGCCCCUAAACCCCUCUCAGCCCCUAAACCCUCUGCCCUAAACCUGAGUAACCUGAUCCGUGAGUUGGGGAACAUCAACGUGAAGAAGAAGGAGCCUCCGUUCUGCUACCCGUACAGUCUUAAGGCCCGGGUCCUGGUGUUAGCUCACCUGGCACGCAUGGAGGUCUCGGACGACAUCGAAGAGGACCAGAGGUUUGUGGUGAGGAAGAGUCCAGCUCUGCUCCAGGAGAUGGUCAACGUGGGCUGUCAACUCACCAUGAUGGCCAACAGCAGAGGAGGUACACACACGCCCCAGGUGGUGUCCAUAGAGAACUGUAUGAGACUGACCCAGAUGAUCGUCCAGGGUCUUCAGGAGUCCAAGUCUCCUCUGCUGCAGCUUCCUCACUUUGAGGAGGAACACCUCCGGUACUGCGUCUCCAAGAAGUACAAGGUGCGUAGCCUGCAGGACCUGGUCAGCCUGAAGGACUCGGACCGUCGGAGCAUGCUCCGUUUCCUUGGCGAGGAGAAGUAUGACGAGGUUAUGGCCGUGCUCGCCAGCUUCCCGUCCAUCACCAUGGAUACCAAGCUGCAGGUCCUUGAUGAUGAAGACAGCAAUAACAUCACAGCUGGAUCCAUCGUCACGGUUACAGUCACCCUGACCAGGAAGAGGAUGGCGGAGGUGUUUGAGAAGGAGCAGAAUGUGACACCGUGUCUCGGAGUCGGAGAGGAAGCCAGUACAGAGGAUGCUGCCACGCAGGGAGACGCCAGUAAAACCAAAGCCAAGGUGUGGCAGAACAAGACGAAAGCAGCCAAGAAAACCAAGCAGUCCAAGAAGAAGAAACUCACCAAGAAGAAGCCCCUCCCGCUGCCAGCAGCCAAGGCCAAACAGGCCAAUGGGAGCGCGCCAGGAAGUGAGGUGAUUGCCGUGGCGAAGGAGGAUGAGGAGGACGGGUCAGACAAAGGCAGCGAAUCAGAGGAGGGCGAGGGUAACAAAGAUUCUCCGAGCGAGAGAGAUGAGGAGAGUGACAAACAGAGCGACACGGAGCAGGAUGAGAUCGCCGGGGACGACGAAGAGGAGUGGGAGGCGCUGCAGCAGAGUAUCCAGCGGAGGGAGAGGGCGCUGUUGGAGACGAAGUCUAAGGUCACCCACCCGGUCUACAGCCUGUACUACCCAGAGGAGAAACACGAGUGGUGGUGGCUCUACAUUGCUGACCGCAAGGAUCAGACUCUAGUCUCCAUGCCAUACCACGUCUGUACACUCAAAGACACAGAAGAGGUGGAGCUGAAGUUCCCAGCGCCCUCUAAAACAGGAAACUACCAGUACUCUGUUAUCCUCCGCUCUGACUCUUACCUGGGUCUGGAUCAGAUCAGGCCACUCAAGCUGGAGGUGCACGAGGCCAAGGCGGUGUUGGACAACCACCCCCAGUGGGACAUCCCAGAAACAGAGGAGGAGGACGAGGAACAGGAGGACAGUGACGGGAUCGAGGAGAGCGAAGAGGAGGAUGAAGACAACGACUAAACACACACACACACACACACACAUAUAACCACACCCCAGGGCAGUUAGUACACA